GGGCGGCCCCCCCACGUCGGGGCGCGGCGGGCGGCGGCGGCGGGAGCGCGUCCCGUCCGGGUCCUGAGGAGCCGCCGCCGCCGCUCGCCAACAUGGCGGACCUGGAGGCCGUGCUGGCCGAUGUCAGCUACCUGAUGGCGAUGGAGAAGAGCAAGGCGACUCCGGCCGCCCGCGCCAGCAAGAAGAUCGUCCUGCCCGAGCCCAGUAUCCGGAGUGUGAUGCAGAAGUAUCUCGAGGAGAGACAUGAAAUCACUUUCGACAAGAUUUUUAAUCAGAAAAUUGGUUUCUUGCUAUUUAAAGAUUUUUGUUUGAAUGAAAUUAAUGAAGCUGUACCUCAGGUGAAGUUUUAUGAAGAGAUAAAAGAAUAUGAAAAGCUUGAGAAUGAGGAAGAUCGCCUUUGUAGAAGUCGACAAAUUUAUGAUACUUACAUCAUGAAGGAGCUGCUGUCUUGUUCACAUCCAUUCUCAAAGCAAGCUGUAGAACACGUGCAAAGUCACCUAUCCAAGAAACAAGUGACAUCAACUCUUUUUCAGCCAUACAUAGAAGAAAUUUGUGAAAGUCUUCGAGGCAGCAUUUUUCAAAAAUUCAUGGAAAGUGACAAGUUCACUCGAUUUUGUCAGUGGAAAAACGUGGAAUUAAAUAUCCAUUUGACCAUGAAUGAUUUCAGCGUACAUAGGAUUAUUGGACGAGGAGGAUUCGGUGAAGUAUAUGGUUGCAGGAAAGCAGACACUGGAAAAAUGUAUGCGAUGAAAUGCUUGGAUAAGAAGAGGAUCAAGAUGAAACAAGGAGAAACCUUAGCCUUAAAUGAAAGGAUCAUGUUGUCCCUGGUGAGCACAGGAGAUUGUCCUUUCAUUGUCUGUAUGACCUAUGCCUUCCAUACGCCAGAUAAACUCUGCUUCAUCUUGGAUCUGAUGAACGGGGGCGACUUGCACUAUCACCUUUCACAGCACGGGGUGUUUUCUGAGAAGGAGAUGCGGUUUUACGCCACAGAAGUCAUCCUGGGGCUGGAACACAUGCACAAUCGGUUUGUCGUUUACAGAGAUUUGAAGCCCGCAAAUAUCCUCUUGGAUGAACACGGACACGUUAGGAUAUCAGACCUUGGUCUUGCCUGCGAUUUUUCCAAAAAGAAGCCGCACGCGAGUGUGGGCACCCACGGGUACAUGGCUCCCGAGGUCCUGCAGAAAGGGACUGCGUACGACAGCAGUGCUGACUGGUUCUCCCUGGGUUGUAUGCUUUUCAAACUUCUGAGAGGUCACAGCCCUUUCAGACAACAUAAAACCAAAGAUAAGCAUGAGAUAGACCGAAUGACACUCACCAUGAAUGUGGAACUUCCAGACAUCUUCUCCCCUGAGCUGAAGUCCCUUCUGGAAAGCUUGCUCCAGCGAGACGUUAGUAAGCGACUCGGCUGCCACGGACGCGGUGCACAGGAACUAAAAACGCACAACUUCUUCAGAGGCAUCGACUGGCAGCAAGUCUACCUGCAGAAGUACCCUCCACCCUUGAUCCCUCCCCGGGGGGAAGUCAAUGCAGCCGACGCCUUUGACAUCGGCUCAUUUGAUGAAGAGGAUACCAAAGGCAUCAAGCUUCUUGAUUGCGACCAAGACCUCUACAAGAACUUCCCUCUGGUGAUCUCUGAGCGCUGGCAGCAGGAAGUGGCGGAAACUGUUUAUGAAGCAGUAAAUGCAGACACGGAUAAAAUCGAGGCCAGGAAGAGAGCUAAAAAUAAGCAGCUUGGCCACGAAGAAGAUUACGCUCUGGGAAGAGACUGCAUCAUGCACGGGUACAUGCUGAAGCUGGGAAACCCAUUCCUGACUCAGUGGCAGCGUCGAUAUUUUUACCUCUUUCCAAACAGACUUGAAUGGAGAGGAGAGGGCGAGUCACGACAAAAUUUACUGACAAUGGAACAGAUCGUGUCUGUGGAAGAAACUCAGAUUAAAGACAAAAAGUGCAUUUUGUUGAGGAUAAAAGGAGGGAAGCAAUUUGUCUUGCAGUGUGAGAGUGACCCAGAGUUUUUGCAGUGGAAGAAAGAGCUGACGGAGACGUUCACCGAGGCCCAGCGGCUGUUACGUCGAGCCCCCAAGUUCCUCAACAAAUCCCGCUCGGCCGUCGUGGAGCUCUCGAAGCCGCCCCUCUGCCACAGGAACAGCAAUGGCCUCUGACCCCUGGCACAGGAGGGUCCCACGAGACGGCACCUCCUCCGGGAAGUCCACGUGGGCUGCUCGACCCGCAAAGUGGAGCCUUUGGGAGAAGUGUGAGGAUGAGAGAUGGAGUCGCUCACCUCCGGGGUGCUCCGUGGCUGGGGGGGCCCAGGACUCUGAGAUGCUCCUACUAGGAGUGGCAACCACCCUCAGGCUUGGGGGCGCCUCCUCCCCUCCCGAGGGUCUCCCGCCACGAUCGCAUCCAUCCGCCCUCGAAACUACUGAAGAAACGAAGUUCUCUUUCUUUGCCACACACUUCUUUUGGUUACAGAUGAACCUAGAACUUGAAAUGAUUCCUACUGAUUGUGUCACUUUUUGCAUCCGAUAUCAAAUGUAUCUCAGGCUUGCCAAGAUGAGAUCGAACAGUCUGCCGUUCAGGUCGCCCCACCGUUGCCACGCUCUGUCCAUAAUCAGCCCGGGCUGGGUUUAGAUGUCUUUGCUCCAUAGUCCUGGCAGGAUGGCAGACUAGCUGGGUGUCCUCUGUGCCCUUGAGAACCAGCCUCUCGUUGUCUCGGGGCUUGAAAGCUGCAGAGGUUUUCUGAAAGGGCUGCAUCUGGGCCCUCCCUGUGGGUGCCGCACCCACGGGUACCAGCCUGCCUCUGACCGGGAGCUUAGGCAGCUGGGACCAAGGGCGUGGGAGCCACUCAACAUCGAAGGCAUCAGAUGGUAGAUGGUUGGAGGCUCACGGUGGCUCUGCAGGAGAGGCAGUGGCGUUUGCAUCUCACGGUGACACAGCCAUUUUCAAACCAUCAAGUCGGUGCACUUCCCCUGGGUGCACAGGACCGCCUGCGGGCGCCCGUCUCGGGCUUGGACUGGAAGCGGUCGUGAGACACAGCAACUCUGGUUCCCUCUGGCUGACCUCAGGAAGCAUCUGGGUAACGGAUGUGUCAAGGAAGGAAACUCUGUUUUACCUUUUAGUAUAAUUUAAAAAUGAAUUUUAUUGAAAAAAGAAUGCUGAAGAUGAAUGUGUCAGAAUGGGUUAACUGUGUUUAUUGACUUGCAUUGUCGUUCAACUGUCAUUAGCGAAUAAUUCUCUGCCCUGGCGGGUUCUGUGACAGCGACGGCCUGAUCCCAGUGGCCUCCUCUCCCCGUGGUUCGUUUCAUGUCCCAAAUAAGUGCUGGUUUAUAAGAACCAGUGUGUUUCCCAGCCAAGUCCUCCGUGUCAUCAGACUAAAAAUAAUAACAGUAAUUUUCAGAGUCCACAUAUUUGUCCUUUCUUAGUGCAAUUUUAUUGUUCUGAGUCGACUACUAACAAUAUAAAUAGCUUGACAUCGUAAUCAUCUGCAUCCUGUCCUCAGUAUUUUUAGUGGUUCCGAAUCUUUGUGUUUAUAUUUGUGUGCCGCACUCACUGGGAAAGUGAGUCCUUUUUAAUGAAACCAUAUCUUGAGAGUUUGGAGGAUAAUUACCGAAAGAACCUUUUAUUUCAUAGGAGUUACCUUGGAAGAGAAACUUUGAGGUUCACUAUUUAUCUCAACUACUAGUUGGAAUUUAGCAUACAUGUUCUACUAUCUGCUGUUUCCAGUAUAGAAGCUGGGGGCUACUAUGUGCAUGGAUUCUCCUGAUUUAAAAGGGAAGAACAGUAUUCAAAUUGUGUUUUUAAAAAAAAAAGUAAAAAAAAAACCGCCAGAGAUGGAAAAGCUGUUCAUGGCAAGUGAGCAUCUCCCCAGGUGUGGUUGACUGUCACUGUCACCACUGUAGUUAGUUACUGGCUCCAUCGCAGCAUCACAUGUGCUCAGCACCUGUGGUUCAGAGAUGGGUAAUUACAGUUUAGAAAUCGCUGAGCCUCCUGCCUCUGCUGGACAGGGUAGAGAUGUAGCCUCACGUGGAGAAGGUGCAUGAACUCCUUGAGGGUCCGGGCUUAGCGUCUCACGUUCCAUACCCAGGGCACCAGCUACGCCGAUUCGCAUCUCUGAAAAAUAUCAUUUAAGCUCUGAAGUAGAACAUAAGGUUGUCUUUUCUUCGCAAAAGAAAAAUGAAUUGGAAAUAUUCCGAGAGCCCUUUCGCCUCGCCUCAAAUUUAUUCCAAGUGAACGUUUACACUCCCUCACGUUUGAUGGGUCACGACAGGGCUGAGAAGAGCAUUACGUGGAUGUGAUUUAUUAAAAGUGCUCUGUGAACUUAGGAGGAGUGGCUUUUUAGGGGGAGGUCCCUGUGUGUGUUUGGGGUUUGGCAGCCCUGGAGAGGCCAGUCUUCCUCCUGAACUCGUGCCUGCAGCCCUUCUGAGGGGGUGUUUCUGCUGCCAGAUGGAAGGCGCUUCCGGAACCCUUCUGUGCCGGCACCUGGUGCUCCCGUGGCCAAAGAAGUCGGUUGGUUUAGAAGUCUUGGUAUACGUGGCUGUUUUAGGUCUUAAUAUUUGACCCUACCUACAUUUGGAGUGUUAAAAGGGCAAAAUUGAGCACAAGUAUUAUCAUUAUUUUAGAUUUAUUUGGUUGGGAUAUUUUCACAUUGUCAGAAAAAAUCACUGAAGUUGAUAUUUUUGUAAAAUUAUGUUAGUAGUGUCUUGAUUUCAUGAUUCAAAGGAAUCAUUAAAGCAAAGCCUAAAAAUAAUAGAUUAAGCUGCUCUACACCAUAUAUGGAAUGAAUUUAAAACUUUUGGGAAUCCAAGGUUAUUUUUUUUAACCUAAAACAUUCUCUUUGGUGCAUUUAUUCCCUUAUGUCAUGGGGGCUCAUGGUUUUUCCUUCUCUAUCAUGUUUAAGUACAAUUUUUCAGCAAAACUGCUAGAAAUCAGCUGUUGUUUCACUGCUAAUGUGAAUGUUUCACUUCCUGUGCCUCUGAUUGGUCAAUUCACGGACAUGACAAUUUCAAAUUCUAUAUGUAAAGAGAAGGGGCAAAUGUCCAGGCUCGCUGAAGAAAGGAAGCGUUCUGCUCAAGAAAGACAGCAACAAAGCUGGAAAAGCAAAUAGAGCGAUGACCACAACCAACCAUCUGUUCAAAGCAAGAGUUAGCUUUGAUUUGCGCUUUGAAAUAUGCUGUACAUAUACUAAAAACAAUUGUUUGAAGGCUCACACUGGCCAUUAAAAAAUAUCAUUGACCAAUUGACAAUGUGGUUUAACUCUCAAGAAGAUCAAAGUGUGGUUUUUUCUGAUGAUUUUUUAUUUCAUUCAGAAUUUAUAGUUGGGCCAAUCGAAUAAUACAACAUUUGACUUUUCAGUGGAAUUGAUUUUUCUGAUGUUUCAAAAUGUUAACCUAUCAAGAAGAAAAGAAAAUUCUCAAAGUUGGACUUUUUUUGCUUGAUGUAAAUAUGUUAAAAAAUUUGCAGUGUGCUGGUGUAAGAUAAGGCUUAUCUUGUGUGAUUUAAUUUAUAUGUAAUUUUUCUCAGUUUCAUUCAGGGACUCAUAUCUGUGUCGUUCAGAGAUGCUUGGGGAAGGAACUCCUCCCCUCCCAGGGAAUGGAUGCGCUGUUUGUACCCGGAGAGGAGUUGGGCUUCACUGGGAUCUGUGACAAAUGCUGGGAGGUGGAUGGAGUGGGUGUCACAGAAGGCAGGAUCCUGGUAGAGAUGGGGCAAAGGAAAAAAGGAGUUAAUUCGCUGGGAAAAGCCAAUCUCCUUACACCAUAAAGCACCAGGGAAAUUCCAGUUGAACUUGGUGCUUUGGGGUGGUUUUCCCCUUAUAACAAGAAGAGUUGAAUAGUAACUAUUUUAAGACUUUAGUUUUAGUUUUGAAUAUGGAGCUGCUGGACUUGUAAGAGGCUGUUUGCUUUCCACCAGGACUUUCUGUAGAAAUGAUGUUGCUGGUUGUCCCUGCUUGUCAUCCGGCACCCUUGGGGAAGGCACAGGGGACCCAGAGCUGAUGCUCCAUCUUGGUGUGUGUGCCUUGCAGCCAAUCAGGGGAGGGGGAGAAGGCCAGAGGUGGGGUGUGGGCUGCUGUCACCCUGUCAGUCAGGUGGGGACAUUGCUGCACACCCACUGAAGGUACCGUAAUUCCCCUACAGUAACAGGACUGGGCUUGCUGCUUGAGCCAAGCAGAGUGAGCUUUACUUUUCAAAACAUUUUUUCUUCCUAAAGCUCUAACAUGAUUUUCCCUUCCACAUCAGGUUAACCUGAGAAGCUUUAAUUAAUUAAUCACUUAAAUUCAUGUUAAUAUGAAUUUUUUGUAUCCCGGCCACAUUUUGAAAAAUUUACUGUGGGAAGAAUGAAAGUUGAAGUCUAAAAUGAUACUUCUUGGCUUCCUCGAGUCAUAAUGGCCUUUAGAUUUUCUUCAUCCUCAAAGACUAAGAGAGCUGUUCUCUGACAGCCGAGUAACAGGGAUGCCCAGCUCUGGCAGCGUUCAAAGGCCUGGGGGCGUGAGUGACCGGCCACUUCGCUGGCCUGGCUGGGUUAGCACUUACUGAUAAAUGUAGCACCCCAAAUUUUAAAUUGCCUUUAUUUAAAAAAGCACGCACACACUACAGAAAAUGGAUUAACGUAUCAUUCCAUCAAAACCAUAUAGGAAAACCCUGCAUUUUAGAGUUAAAUGACUCACGUUCUUAUAGUAAACUCUCUUAUACCUAACAAAUCUCAGAAUCAUCUCUGAAAAACUGGUAACUAUGCUUCCGAUUUUAAUUUUGUCCUAAUAUAAAAUGUCUCUCAUGUAAGGGGUAGGGAAUGGAGAAAUAUUUCUAAUUGUGUAUUCAUAUUCCAAAGGACUUGAAAUUCAACUUCUUGUUUCUUAGUUGAUUAUAUUCCAUGAUGUACAUAUUCUAUGUGGUUUAUAAGCUAAGCACUGGCCUUUUUUUUUUUUUUUUAGUUCUAUUGUUAAAUUGUAUUUUUCUAUGUUUUAACAAAUUAUAAUAGAUUUGGCUUUUUUCUGGGUAGCAUAAAGAUUGCCAAACUACAUAUAUAUAUAUAAAAACAAGAGUUCUAUUUUAGCACAAUAGCUUUUUAUAUUAUUUAUUGAAUCCUUCAGUUCUCAUUAGAAACGUUGCUUACCGCUUCUGCCCCUUUUUAUUUGUAUAGUUUGUUAUUUAAGGAAAUGCAGUCCUUUCUGUUUCUGGUUUUUUUUUUUUUUCCACAAAAUAAAAUUGAGACAAAGCAUAUAGCAAUGUGGGGUGGACAUCCUUUCUCACGGCCAUGGACUGUUUUCAACAAUAGCUUAACCCUCUGAUCUGUGCUGAGAGGCCAGCGCACUUCUUGGGGUAACAUCUGACAGUGAACUUGCGGUGAAAUAACUGCUUUCAUCUACCUCUUCCGAAGGCCCCCUGCUUGUUGACAGGUUCCUUGAAUGCCUGAUUCUACCCUGGCUCCAUCGUAAAAGGAUUUCAGGGAAGUGUAUAGCCGUCCUUCCCUCGUGAAGUAGAUUUCACCGUGUCGUGUAGGGGCCCCAGCGAGCGGGGCAGGUAGAUACGAUCGUUUCUGUGUGGUCAGCCUUCGGGAGCUGCAGUUCACCUGCAGAGCAUCAUUUCUGAUUCUUCUCGUGCCAAGUCCCCCCAGUCGGUCUCGCCAUUGCCUCUAGAUUUGACUGUUGCGCCUGAUUCAUCAACUACUAAAUGGAAGCUGCUUCCUCCACAUUCUUUAGAAAUGGCCCCGCUGGGUUUUAAAACAGCACUUGCGGGAGCAGCACAUUCGAACGUGACUCUUCCCCCCUUGCCGUUUCAAAAUGGUUUGGGAAAUGGGCUUGUCUGUGGUUAAAAGGGUCCCCGUGAAAUAGAGUGAAGACUGGUCCCUGUGAGAGGGGGUCCCUCCUCACAUGUUGAUGUUUUUCUCUCCCUGUUGCCCUAGCUGCGCAGCCAUCCACGUAGUCACAUAUUUGCUCUGUUCAUGGCCAAGUGUAAUGCCCUUGAAGAAAUAAAUCUGUUUUCUCUCAUGCAUUGCUAUACCAAGUGAAGCCAGUGAAUUCGAUAUUGUAAGUCUAGAUAUUGUACCUAUUAAAUUACCAUCUGUUUUUAUCUCUUUUCCCAUCGAUUUUGCCAGUGGAGGUUUACGGUCGCCUCUUAGUAUGCGUUUACUAGUGCACGUUUGAAAUCGUAUCCCACGUAAGAUGCUGGUUCAAGUCCGCGGUCACCUGCCCUGUGUGUGGUGUGUCACCGUCGGUUAGUUUCGCCAUCUUUCACGGUUAUUUGGGGGGGCAGUCGGGCUGGUUUUCUGUGUUGAUAAAUGGCUUAUGUAAACCUCAAUAAAAAGGAUCUGUACAAAGAGACAUACUUUGGUGUGCUAUUCCCGGCCCCCCCCCCCCCCAGCUAAAAACUACAUUUCUUUAUCAAGCUGUUAGGUCAUCAGGAGGUGACUCAUUUGUAAGAAUCCUAACUUCGGAAGAAAUUCAUGCAGAGGCUGAUUUUAUUUAUUUUUUUUAAAAAAAGGAAGGGAACUGCCAACAAGCAUUUCUGCUGAUUUCAUGGAUUCUUGGAGCACAGCCAACUUCAGCCUCAGGGUUUGGGAGACUACCUGCUUGUGGAAGACACGGUGCCAGAAAAGAGUCUGGGAAAGCCGGGAGGUCCAUCUCGUCUCCAGUUUUUCUAGGAGCUGUGCCAGGCUCCCCCAUGUACUCCCUGGGUGACUUUGGCAUCCCUCCCAGAAGUUAAGGCCUCUCACUCUCCAUCCCUACUCCCACGAAGACUUCAGGAGAGACCCCAUGGUACAUGUCACUUUAAACCAGAAAUCCAAGGAAGUGGUGGCCCCAGGGCCACAGCUACCUGGGCAGGACUGUCUGCUUGUAGGUCCACAGGUCGAGGGUAGGGUAGGUACCUCUGUCCUUGAGGUGGAAACACCUCCUGUCCCUUGCUGGUUCAGGAAAGAAGGACAUCACGAUUGGUCCACGGUCCACGGAGCCAUCCAGUUUCCCUGGAAUGUAUUUGUGUUUGCCGACUUGAAAACCUCUUAACAAAAUAGUUGACAGGAGCCCCAGCUAUGGAGCACGUAGUCAGCAUCGUAGGCAGAGGUCAGCCGCGUGAUAGGGCCCUUGGUCUGAUGCCAUACGUAACCAAGGAUCACUCCUGAGAGCUGCAGAAAUCCAGUCACCCCUUGGCACCCAGGAGGAGAGAGAGCAGCCUGGGGACCCUGCUUCGAGCAAGGUCACUGGGCAACUUCUUUGGUUUUCUGUUUUCUCAUCCCUAAAUUAAAGGAGUUGAAUUAGAUGAUCUUAAAGGAUCAUUCUAGCCGAAAACACCCAAGUUUCCGAUGAAGGGUAAAUGUGAGGGACUUUGGCUGUACUUGUAGAGUGAAAAGGAAAUGCUCUCCCGCACAUCCCAGGGCUCCUCCCACGUUGCCUUAAGGAUCACUGCUGUGUCACUCUCCCCCUUAAACCGUGCCUUCCUGAACCCUGGAGCCCCUGCUGGUUUACCUGGGUGGAAACCAGGUGUUGAACUGAAGAAGAGGCUUUCUUUUCCUGGCCACUUUCUGACCAUGUUGGGUACCGGAGAUUGAAAAAACGUUUUCAGUCCAAAUUGUUCAGGCUGGUCAUCUCCCGGGAUCGGAUUAACCAGAUAAAACACUGAAGCUUCACUCUGUGCUCACGUGGGCAGCUUUGGACAUGGCACGUAAUCGAUAAAGCCCAUGAGGGGAAAUUGACUUAGUGGCUCAUACUAAUGGAUCCCUAACGGGCAAAAUGGGAGACAGAGCAGAUAAUCAUGGCAAGGAGACAUUUUGUCUAACUUAUGGAUAUCCCAAGUGAAUGUUUUUUACAUUUUUAUUCUUAUUCUUUAACUUUGGUAUGUGGGUAAAAUGCCCAGGUCUUCAGGUGAUUUGAUAGCCAGUAAAAUAUGUCUCUACCUGACUGUCAGUCAUAGUUUUCUGCAUUGGGAAUUUUCAAAAUUUUCUGCCUCUUAUGUGUAUAUUAGUGAAAGAUGGAAGAAGAUGCAUCAGGGGCUACUAGCUUGAUCCUGUUUUAAACCUAACUUCUGCCUCACUGUUUCUAUGUAACAGAUUUGAUGGUUUCACUUCUCUGUCUUGAAAUGACCAAGGAGGAAUGGAAAAAGAAAGGAACAGAAUUAUGAACAUUCUAUUUGUUUGUGUAAAUUUUGGUCCCUCAAUGUAAAAUAAGGUCAUACAGUCAGAGGCUUAGCUACAGAAGCUUAGCAAAUACGUUUGCCCUUUGUAGUUGCCAUCGAAAAAGCUUACCUUUUGCAGUAUAACUUUAAAUGGAGUAUAAUCUAUAAAGACUUGGAAUUACUAUGUUGUACACUUGAAACUAAGAUACUAUUGUAAGUCAACAAUACUUCAAUAAAAAACAAGUGCUACUUUA